CUUCCGGCGUUCUCGGAGUUAGUGGCGGUGUCUUCGGCUGUUGAGGAUCUUGUGCAUCUCGUUCUGGAAGAUGGCCCUGGAGACGGUGCCGAAGGACCUGCGUCACCUGCGGGCUUGCUUGCUGUGUUCGUUGGUCAAGACUAUCGACCAGUUCGAGUACGACGGCUGUGACAAUUGUGACGCGUACCUGCAGAUGAAGGGCAACCGGGAGAUGGUGUAUGACUGCACCAGCUCCUCCUUUGAUGGAAUCAUCGCCAUGAUGAGUCCCGAGGACAGCUGGGUCUCCAAGUGGCAGCGAGUCAGUAACUUUAAGCCGGGAGUGUAUGCGGUCUCAGUCACUGGUCGCCUGCCGCAAGGAAUCGUGCGGGAGCUGAAAAGUCGAGGAGUGGCCUACAAAUCCAGAGACACGGCUAUAAAGACCUAGCGAGAUUGGAUGUAGCCGGCACUCGGCCCUCCACCUCCCGU